GGGUGGGUUUGUUUCUCGGUGCCGCCGCCUCCCCGCUGCUGCCCCGGCUCCCCGCGGCGAGCACCGCGUCGUCGUCCCCCCGCGCCGGGCGCUCGGACCCGGAGCGGCGAGGCGGGGCUGGGCGGGGCGGCGGGGCCGGCCCCCCGGUGUCAGCGCGGCGGGCGGGGCCGCCGCCGCCACCUCCUCGCACAAAGCCGUGUGUCCGGAGGGCGGGCGGAGCUACCGCUGGCACCGGCAUCGCCGCACCCGCUUACCGGUACCGCGAUGUGAAGGGGUGAUGGCGGCGGGGUAUGGCUACCGGGCGGCAGCGGCGGCGGGGCGGGCGGCGGGCGCUGAGCGCCGACGGUGAACAUGGAGCCGCGUCCGCCGGCGGCCGAGCCCGAGCCCCCGCUCCCCCGGGGGCCGGGGCCGGGGCUGGAGCUGGAGCCGGGUCUCUGGGCACCUGAGGCUGCCGAGCCUGUCCCGGGGCCACCGCCGUGGUCCCCGCUGGAGGAGGGGGAAUGCCCGGCUGCGGAGGGCCCCGCCGAGCCCCUGGCCCGCCGAGAGGAGGAGGAGGAGGAGGAGCCGCGCCUCCGCCCCGUCUUUGACGCCCUGGACCGGGAUGGCGACGGCUUCGUGCGGGUGGAGGAGUUCGUCCAGUUCGCCACGGCCUACGGCGCUGAGCAGGUAAAGGACCUAACAAAAUACCUCGAUCCGAGCGGACUUGGAGUCAUCAGCUUCGAAGAUUUCCAUCGGGGGAUCAGAGCGAUCAAAAAUGGGGAUCCCGACAGCCAGUUGUAUGAUAUGGGAUAUACCCCCGAGGAGGAAACCCCGGCCUGUCCUGAUGAGUUUGAUGACUUUGUCACGUUUGAGGCAAAUGAGGUGACUGACAGUGCUUACAUGGGCUCCGAGAGCACGUACAGCGAGUGCGAAACCUUCACGGAUGAAGACACCAGCACACUAGUACAUCACGAGAUGCACGACGAAGUAGAAACGGACAGUGCCAUUGACUCCACCGUGCACUCGGAAUUCACGGAUCCCAUCGAGGAGCCGGAUCAUGGAUCCCAUCCGCACGACCUGCCCCUGGGCUCGGAGCUCGGCCACUCCAUUGUGACGGUCAUUAGCGGAGAGGAGCAUUUUGAGGAUUACGGAGAAGGGAAUGAAGCCGAUUUGUUCUCGGACAGCUUGUGUAAUGGGGAAAGCAGCUUUAAUAGCUCCUCGUUCCUCUCUCCCAGCGCCAAUCCGCUCGCUGCGAAACUGCACAGCAUUAUCGCAGAUGAAGCUUUUGAGUUUUACUGUAGCCAGUGCCACAAACAAAUCAACCGCCUUGAGGAUCUUUCCGCUCGCCUGAAUGAUCUUGAAAUGAAUAGUCCAAAUAAAAGACUCUCGAGCAAGAAGGUAGCAAGGCAGUUGCAUCAGACGAGCGCGCUGUCCGUGGGGGUGAUGGAGGAGCCUUACCGGGAGACGCUGGAGUGUACAGAAGAGGACAUCACGGACAAGGUGGUCUUCCUGGAGAAGCGGGUGACGGAGCUGGAGAAGGACACGGCUGCUAAUGGCGAGCAGCACAGCCGCCUCAAGCAGGAAAACCUGCAGCUCGUCCACAGAGCGAACGCUCUCGAGGAACAGCUGAAGGAGCAGGAGCUGAGAGCUGACCAAACGCUCCUGGAGGAGAUCAAGAAGCAGAGGGAGCUGCUGAGCAAAAUGGAGAGGGAGAAGAGCAUCGAGAUUGAGAACCUGCAGGCCAGGCUGCAGCAGCUGGAUGACGAGAACAGCGAGCUGAGAUCCUGCGUCCCUUGUUUAAAAGCCAACAUUGAGAGACUGGAGGAGGAGAAGCAGAAGCUGCUGGAUGAGAUCGAAGACCUCACCGUGCAGCUCACGGAGGAGCAGGAGAAAAAGAGGAAGAUGGGGGACAAGCUGAGUCAGGAGAGGCACCAGUUUCAGAAGGAGAAGGAGUCGACGCAGGAGCUCAUCGAGGACCUCAGGAAGCAGCUGGAGCACUUGCAACUCUUCAAACUGGAAGCUGAGCAGCGAAGGGGCAGGAGCAGCAGCAUGGGGCUCCAGGAAUACAACAGCAGGACGCGGGAGACCGAGCUGGAGCAGGAGAUCAAGCAGCUCAAGCAGGAUAACAGGAACCUGAAGGAGCAGAACGAUGAACUCAAUGGACAGAUCAUUAACUUGAGCAUCCAGGGAGCCAAGAACCUCUUCUCAGCCUCCUUCUCUGAAUCCCUGGCAGCGGAGAUCAGCUCGGUCUCCAGAGACGAGCUCAUGGAAGCGAUUCAGAAGCAAGAGGAGAUCAACUUCCGUCUGCAGGACUACAUCGACAGGAUCAUCGUGGCCAUCAUGGAGACGAAUCCCUCCAUCCUGGAAGUGAAAUAAGGGCGGCCGAGAGCCACCGGCUGCGCGCUUGUCGAUGGCUGUGGAUUUGGUGCUCUGAGAGGAUGAAGAGGGACUCGAAACGUCUUUGCUCUUGAUGAAGGCACUAGGAAGCAUCCCGUCGGAUCGGUGGGUGAAUUAGCCAGCGGACCAGGGAAAAAAGAAAACCAGCAGCAAGGCUUUUGUUGUCUGACUCCGUUAUUUUGAAGCCCUUCUGGUUUUGAGGGGUGAAAGGGAACCUGGAGAAGAAACGUAGGCAACGGACAGCUGGAGGAAGGACCUGCGUCGGCCCCGCUACGCGUGAAGCUGGGAACUGUCCUGCCAGCGGCGUCAGACCCUCCGGUGCGCGGGGAGCCGUGAGGAGAGGGUUUCUCGGAACUGCGGGAUAACGGGAAGGAGAAGGAAGCGACGGAGCUGACAUUUUUUCCCUUGCUGCCCGGUCCAGCCCAAGUAUCUGCUUUGCCAAAGUGUCCCUGACACACUCACUCAACUGGGGCAGAUCUGGGAGAGAGGGAAACGUGUCCCAGACUCGUAGAGGCGGUUGGUGUUUUUGUUUUUGUUUUUUUUUUUUGUUGUUGUUGUUGUCGUUUGUUUUUUUUAAUUAACUUAAUGCAAAUGCCCUCAUUCAAGCUGGCGCGGUUAAUCCUUGCCCUGCCACUUCUGCUUGGGAAGGGGUUGUGUGCGGAGUGUUCGCCGGCUCCUCUCUCGCUCGCCGGUGGCAGAAAGAGGCGGAGGAGCGGCUGGUUUUGGGGACAGGGCGUUAAGCGCACUUUGUCACCUGCCUCCUUAUUUAUUUUUUUUUUUUUUUUUUUGCUCUGUGGCUCACUACCGUCGGCGCGCCUGGGCUUCGCUGCCCUUCUUCUCGUUCCCGGCUCAUCUGCGGGCGUCCAUCGAGCCGGGCUGGCUCUGGGAGGAGGAGAUGUCCCCUCGGCCCCAGCUGCGGCCACACGGGUGCUGUCUGUCUGUCCAGCCUGCAGGGACCGGGGAAAGGCUGCGACUCUUCAACUUGCACUGGAGGCUGGUCCCGGCCGCCUCUCCCUGUCGCCUGGCCCGGCGCGGGGACACGCAGCGGCCCAGGGUGGUCAGGGUGAGGUCUGGAACCUCCCUGGGAGCCCCAGCGGAGAGGGGCCGAGCUCUCCACCUUGCCUCCCAAGGUCCUCAACGCUUGGGGACAGUGGCCUGUGCCAUUCCCUGCCGGAGCAGGGCUCUGCUGGUGAUAGCUCCUGGAGGGAGAGCCCUCUCCGCUUGCCUUUCCCCGCUCUUUCCCUGCGCUGCGGCCGGGGACGGAACCGCUGCUCUCAUUUCCCAGCCCCCUUGGCAUCAGCCAAGGGCUCGAAUCUCCGUGCCGUAGGGCAGAGGAGACCGGAGGCGACAACAGCAGCUCCCUGGGAAACAAACAAAAGCCAUGUUUACAUCAGACAGCUUUUGGCUUGCUGGCACCAGCGGCCGUGGCAGAGCGUGACCCCGGGGAGCAGCCACUUUACCUGACCUGCUCCUCUCCAGCUCCCGGGAGGAGACGGACAGCGGCCCCCCAGGGAUGCGGCUUCACAUUUAAUACGUCAGACACCCCCCACCCGCCCCUGCAAAAAGAAAAAGCGGUUUCUUUUUCCUGCUUUGUCAGGUUUUAGAAAUGGCGGGGUGGCCUGGAAAAAGAGAAGCCGCAGCGCUCCCUUGGCCGCUGGAUUCCCGCUGCUCCUCCCCGGAACGCUGCCACGCGGGCGGCACGUCUCCUUCCCCACCUCGCCCUCCGUCCCCCGCGGGGUGACGCUGGCCGGGAGAGGUGGCAGCUGCCGCAGCCUUAGUCCCUGC